UUCUAUCUUCAUAGAUCAGAAUCCGAGGGCAAGGCAAGCGGCGUUGAAGUUGGCCUCCACGUGUUCCCCGUGUCCACGUUUUUAGGAGUUGAAGUUUGCGCGCCCUUUGACCGAAAAGCGUGAAAAAUGGUUUUGGACCUGGAUCUGUUUCGCCAGGACAAGGGUUUCGAUCCGGAGAAGAUCCGGGAGAACCAGAGAAAACGGUUCAAGGAUGUGCAGCUGGUGAACACUGUGAUCGAGAAGGAUAAGUGCUGGCGACAGCUGCGGCAUCGCGCCGACAACUUCAAUAAGCUGAAGAACCUCUGUAGCAAGGAGAUUGGCGAGAAAAUGAAGAAGAAGGAGCCACUCGGAGAGGACGAUGACGUACCUCAAGAGAUCGCUGACAAUCUGGUAGACUUGACUUCCGAGAGGCUGAAAACCUUGACAGUGAUGCAGAUCAAGAAGAUACGUGGUCUCAUCGACGACGCGAUGCAGAAGAACGACGAGAGCCUGAAGAUAACUGAAUCGGAGAGGAAUAGCGCUCUUAGAGAAGUAGGAAAUCAUCUGCACAAAUCUGUGCCUGUUAGCAAUGAUGAGGAAGAGAACAAGGUAGAAAGAACUUGGGGAGACUGCACCGAGAGGAAAACAUACUCUCACGUCGAUCUGAUUCACAUGAUUGCCGGAAUGGAUGGUGAACGUGGAACAGGCGUGUCUGGGGGACGUGGUUACUUCCUUACCGGACCAGCAGUGUUUCUUCAACAAGCCCUAAUACAAUUAGCAUUGAGAAAAUUAUUGAAACGAGAUUACGAACCUCUUUAUACUCCAUUUAUUAUGCGAAAAGACGCGAUGCAAGAAGUAGCACAACUUUCUCAAUUUGAUGAAGAAUUAUACAAAGUCAUUGGGAAAGGUAGUGAACGUAAUGAGGACAAGGACAUGGAGGAAAAAUAUCUCAUCGCUACCUCUGAACAGCCAAUAGCGGCUUUUCAUAGAGGCGAAUGGAUAGCUGAAAAUGCUUUACCAAUCAAAUAUGCCGGUAUCUCUACUUGCUUUAGACAAGAAGUUGGCUCUCAUGGACGAGAUACUAGAGGUAUUUUUAGGGUACAUCAGUUCGAAAAGGUGGAGCAGUUCUGUCUCACUUCACCUUAUGACAAUAAAUCUUGGGAGAUGAUGGAAGAAAUGAUUUCCAAUGCGGAAGAAUUUUAUCAGGCCUUAGAAAUUCCUUAUCGCAUAGUUAAUAUUGUAUCUGGUGCUUUGAAUCAUGCAGCUUCUAAGAAGCUAGACUUGGAGGCCUGGUUUCCUGGAUCUGGUGCAUUCCGUGAACUUGUAUCGUGUAGUAACUGCUUGGAUUAUCAAGCAAGGAGAUUGCUGGUGAGAUAUGGUCAAACGAAGAAAAUGAACACUACGACGGACUAUGUCCAUAUGUUGAACGCGACAAUGUGCGCAGUAACACGAGUAAUUUGUGCAAUUUUAGAAGUACAUCAAACAGAAACUGGCAUCAAAGUACCAAAAAUUCUGGCAGAAUACAUGCCCUGCAAAUACGAAAGCGAGAUUCCGUUUGUAAAGCCUGCGCCGAUCGACGAAAUCGAAACGAAAAAACAGAAAAAGCAGAAAGAAAAUGUAUCAAAGUGAAAUAGUACGACUAAAAUAUGGCAAUGAAGCAAGUAGGACUGUCUAUCUACAGAUCUUAUUUAUUGCAUUCUUAAAUUGCAUUUUUUUAAAUAUUCCAUUGCGAUCUAAUCGGAUCGCAUAGAUGUAAUGGUCAGUUUAAGAAAAUAUAUACACAAAUGCUUUCAAUUUUUCUCAA